AUGGAACUUAAAAAUAAGUUUUGUGGAAAAUCUGUAUCUGUAAUUGUUGAUGAAACCACAGAUGUAAAAGCACGUAGUGUAGUCAAUGUGUUAUUCAGUUAUAGAAGCAGUACAAAACUUAUUUCAGUAGAAUUUUUAGAGCAAGAUUUUGACUGA